GAGUGUCCGGGGCAGCUGGGGUUGGAUGAACCAGAACAUGGACUCCCAGACGUAGCUGGAACGAGGGUCGGCCGGAUCUGCAGAGUUACUCAGGAGGAGCAGCUCCCUGAGGAAUAAACUACACUUUUUUAUUAGUUUUUUUUAGACAACAUUCACAGUUUGGAUCAGUCAGGAGCUCAGUGGAUUAUUUCUGCAGCUCUGGAGAACUUCUGUGGACAUUUAACUGAAUUUAUGGAUGCUCUAAAUGUUCUGGAAACCACACAUCAGAAGAUGAAGAGAACGACUGACUGAAGUAACAGGAAUAAAACAGAACCCAGCUUCUGUUCCUGACUGGAGGUUGAGGAAGGAUGUCGAGGCCUCCGUCCUCCCAGAACACUCCUCAGUCCUACAGGGUCAGCGACAGAGAUCUGACCGAGAUCGAGCUGCACUCUGUGGACUCCAUCAGCGACCUGCACCGGACACACUACGAACACAGUCACAAAGGGAUGAGACUUCCUCGUCCAGGAUACACUCCGUCUCCCAACGGGAACGUCUUCCUGGCUGACGUGGCAGCUGUCAAUCAGAGAGGACGUCUAAUCAGCAGUCAGUGGCAGAUCCGUCUCCAGGACAUGUUGACUCCAUCGUCCUCCAGAGCGUACAUUAUGGGAUGUGCUCUCAUCACCCUGCUGCUGCUGACGGUGCUGCUCAUCUUCUACUUCAUAGUCCACCAGGGCGGUCUGAUCUGGACGCUGACUGAAGCCGUGAAGGAGAAAGAAGCAGCGGCCUCUGAAUUAUCGCUGCUGAUCCAAGAACUCCAGACUCUGAGGCUGAACCUGACGUCCAGCAGAGGACGGACAUGAGGACAGGAAACAGACAUGGACUGGACAUAGAAGAUCUCCAUACGGAACGGAGACAUCUUAACCCUUUGAUGCAUAACCUGGGUCAAAAGUGACCCAAAUCCAAUGGAAAAUGAGUAUCUCCUCAUGUGGUCUAUGCAUCAAAGGGUUACAGCAGAUCUGUGGGAGUUCCUGGAUGAAACCAUGUCACUCAGAAGGUUUUUGAAACCUUAGCAAUGGUUUUUAUCCAACACAGUGAGGAUGAGUGUUUUUACUGCUGACAUGUUUCCACUCCGUCUGCAGUCGUCCUCAGAGAAUGAGGACAAGGACAGCUUGGAAUCAGAGACUCUAGAAUGGAAGACAAACCAGACGGGAACAUUCGACUUGUUUGCGUCUCCUAAGAUGUGUCUUUCGGGGAAAAUGUGGGUGAGAGACAAACUGUUGUGUUUCCACGAUGGAACAGGAAGUUCAGAAGCAGGAUCUUGUGUUAAUUAUCUGAUGGAUCGUUUUUCCAACUGUUCAGUUUCUAUCUUUCCAUCUAGACUGCAGACGGAGUGGAAACAUGUCAGCGAGGAAAAAACCAUCACCUUCACUAACUUUAUCAGAUAAAAAGCAACGACAAAAUGAACAUUAUCAAUCUACCGUAUAGUGCCAGGGUGAUUAUAUGAAUGAACAUUAUUAUAUUUAGUGACAUCUCUGGUAUUAAAGCAUGUUAUUAUUACUAAUGUAUGAUUUUAAUUAUUACCAUUGUCUCAUAAAGUGUGUUAUAAACUGUACCAGCUGUUUCUAUCUUGA